AUGGCGAAGACAGAAGGAUGUCUAGGGUCGCCGGCCCUGGACGAUAUGGUUAUGGGGACAAAUAACAGCAGCAUUGCCUCCAAACGCAGUGUUGAGCGUCUGUACUAUGGAAAUGAGCCUUCUUUCUUCCGUUACUUUGUUCCAAAGUUCCAAAGGAGGGCCCCUCUCAUCAAUAGAGGAUAUUGGCUGCGUCUCCGGGCGAUUGAUGUCAUAGUGCAAAAAUUUCUGUCCAAAGCGACGACAGGGAAAAAGGUCGUCAUCAAUCUUGGUUGUGGGAGUGAUGUCUUGCCCUGGCAAUGCCAUGCUCGUUAUAAAGAUCUAGGCAACGAUGUCCUCUUUAUCGACAUCGAUUAUCCUGAUCUCAUCCGGAAGAAACGGGCCAUAGUUUUGCAAACUCCAGAACUCCGAGAUCUUCUUGGAAAUGACUUUACCCUUGGGUGUGAUCUUCGUCAACUCGACCAACUACGCGAUGUCUUGAAGACGGUUAUUGAUCUACCCGAGUGUGCUAUUCUUUUCGUGGCCGAAGUUUCAAUUACUUAUAUGGACACUCAGUCUGCCGAUUCUCUGAUUCAUUGGGGAAGCACUGUUGGGCGAGAAAACGAUUUCUGUCUUUUGGAGCAGAUAUUGCCUUUUGGAAAAAGCCAUCCAUUUGCCCAGCAGAUGCUCAGUCAUUUUGAGAAGCUGAGCACUCCUUUGCGCUCUAUUGAAGUAUAUCCUACAGUCGAGAGCCAAAUUGGCCGAUUUCAAGAACGCGGCUGGUCUUUUGUGGAAAUCAAGGACCUAUGGCAGACAUGGUCAAGUGAACAGUUCGUUACUGACUCAGAGCGAAUUGCCCUUGACAAUGUCGAACCCUUCGACGAAUGGGAGGAGUUCAUACUCUUCGCACGGCAUUACUUUGUACUCCAUGCCUCUACUAGUCCCAACCAGCGUUCUUCCUUAAAGGGACCGUCCUCAAUAUGGAGCAUGGGUCAGAAGAAGCCCGCAGGACUACGUGUUGAAAUGAUCGGUAGAUCUUCCCCGAAAACGACCAGACGACGAUUUGGAAAUAUUAUGAUAUCGAGCAAUGCAUUCGGACAACGAUUCGCUCUGAAUUUGCUGGGGAUGAGUCUCAAUAGCAGAGAACCCACCUACGAUAUCUUUUCUCUCGAUGGCGAACAGCAGCCCCCCCAGCUGCCAUCUUCCGGGCCGCCUGCUCGGAUGUGCUUCACUUUGACAGACUUAGGAGAUUACGGCAUCAUGCAUUCUGCGGUUCGGCUGGGAAACUCGUCACUCCUCCUGAUUUUCGGAGGGAAGAAAAGUUCAUCGAAACUGUCAGACGAAAUCUUCCUAUUUAGCCCUGACAAAGCUUGUUGGCAAACCUGCAAGGUCGUAGGAUCCGCUCCCGACCCCUGCUUUGGAUCAGUUGCUUUCAAUGGAAUCUCUCCUUCAGACCAGCCGGGGACUUUUCGUGGAAUGCUGGCUGGAGGUAUGUCUCAAAAUGGGUGUAUCAAUACUAAGCAGUACACAUGGCAAAUAAAUGCCUUUGAUGCCCAACCGACCAUUUCAUUCUCUGCUCUCUCAUGCAACGACUCCGAUGGACGACUCGUAUCAUCAUUUGGUGCUCAAGUCGUUGAUUUAGGGGCCUCCGUAAUAAUUUGCGGUGGAAUGGGGGCAGAACCUUCCCUACACGGCCAGACUAUCACAGCUAUCAGGCCUUCUGUUGGUGGCUUUGACGUUACAAGCUUUUCAACUUCGAACGAUGACAAACACAUGCCAUUUAUGAUUGGAUCGUCGAUUAUACCCUGUGAUGAUUCCCUUUUGGUGAUGGGUGGGGGAGCGACUUGCUUCUCCAUGGGAACCUUUUGGGAAACGGGCAUUUAUAAAGUUCAUAUGCCCGAUCAUAUUCUGGACUCCCUUUAUCGCACAUCACGCCCUAGUGCCUCGUCUAAAUCCGCGCCUGGUCUUCUUGGGAGUCGAAAAUUUUCAACUACUUCUGCUACUACGCCUUCGGAGGAUGUCAGAAGUUUGCAUCGAGGAGAGCAUGGAAUACAAAUUACACCUGUGCCUCGAAUACAGCUUGAAUCGGCUGAGCAAUUCCAAAAGAUCCUGCGUGACGGAAAACCCGUCAUUUUCAAGAGCUGCAACAUAGGACACUGCCAAAGCAAAUGGUCUCCCGAGUUCUUGGUGAGCCAAAUCGGUGCAAAUGAGAAGUUUGUUAUACAUGAAUCCCGUGAAGACAAAGGAAUGAUGGAUUUCAAUAGCAAAAAUUUUGCGUAUGUAACAGACUCAUUCGGGAGCAUCAUGAAUAAGCUACAAUCUGGGGCUAGAGUUUAUCUACGAGCUUUAUCCCGUAAUAAGCCAUCUGAAAUGCCAGCCAAUCUGGAAGAAGAUUUCCCACGUUUGGCAGAAGACUUUACUCUACCACCAGAAAUGGCUUAUAUCAAGGACCGUCUUUUCAGUUCUGUGUUGAGAUUGUCUGGACGAGUAAAUAUGUGGCUACACUAUGAUGUCAUGGCAAACGUUUAUGCGCAGGUAACGGGGGUUAGGAAAAUGAUCUUAUUCCCCCCCAGCGACGUAAAAUACUUGUCUUUCGCACCUGGUGCUUCUAGCUCCAGUAUAGACGUUUUUCAGGGGCUGGAGGCUUCAGCGGCCUCGCUUCACGGGACACAUCCUCAAGAAGCAGUAAUCCACCCAGGCGACGUCUUAUUGCUACCUGCUCUAUGGCUUCAUACAGCUGCUCCAAUGUCCGACAUGAGCACUGCAGUGAAUGUCUUCUUCCGUGACCUAGAGCAGCAAGAGCAUUACGCCUCUGGACGAGAUGUCUAUGGAAACAAAGAUCUCGAGGCAUAUGAGAAGGGGAGACAAGCUGUUGCUCGGAUUGCGAAGACUUUGCGGCCGUUGCCGCCUGCUGCGAAGGAGUUUUAUCUCUCUCGAAUCGUGGACGAACUGCGGCUGGCUUUGGAGGAGUAG